AUGUGGGUAGCAUGGCCGGCUGAGGCAAAUUGCUUGAAGAGACGAACCUUUUGGCAGGUUUCAGUUCCGGUGUCUUGCUCUUGGAGUUGGAAAAAACUCCUCCCACUUAGAGAUCUAGCUAAGAAGUUUAUCUGGUUUAAAGUUGGUGAUAGAAGUAGGGUGUUUCUUUGGUUGGAUCAUUGGCACCCUGCCAGCUAUUUGCUUGAUCAAUAUGGAUAUAGAAUUGUUUAUGAUUCUAGUUUUUCCCUUAAUACUAAGCGGGCUGCUGUCAUAAAGAAUGGAAAUUGGUUUUGGGCUAGUGCUAGGUCUGAUACACUAGUUGAUAUUCAAAGCCAGCUACAUGAAGUUGCCUUGGGAUAUAUUGAUGAACUAGUUUGCGAUUCUAGAAAUGGGAAAUACACUUGUGUUGAAACUUGGGGGAAGUUAAGAGUGAGUUUUCUAGUUGUUAAUUGGUGGAAAUUGGUUCUUUUCCCUGUGGCCAUACCAAAACAUGCAUUUAUUCUUUGGCUUGUAUUCUGGAAUGCUUUGGUUACAAAGCAAAAUAUGUACUAUUGGGGUUACAAUGGGAUAGCCUUUGUUUGUUCUGUUAUAGUGCUUAAGAGAGUAUUGAGCAUCUCUUCUUUGGAUGUAGCUUCAGUUCCCGAAUUUGGACAAAUAUUAUGGCCGAGUGCUUUGUGCUUCAAGCGCCUUUGGACUGGGAUGAUAUUCCUAGUUGGGGAGCUGCUGUUUUGA